AUAAAAUGAAUCAGAAGAUUCAGGAGUUCACGAGAAGGUUUAAGGAUUUGGAGAUUCAAGCAAAUUUGAGGUUCAAAUAUGAACUUGAUUUGGAGAAAAAAUUGGAAGUUUCCCAAACUAAGUAUGAUGAGUUGCGUGUGAGGUUUAGGGAGAAGAAAGCAAGAGGGAUUUCUCUUGAAAAUGAACUGAAAGAGUACAAGCAAAUGUGUGUUAAUCUGAAAGAUCAAAUUGAGAGUCUUGAAAAAGAUAAAAAAGUUCUAAUUGAAAGAGAGAAAAGGGAACAAGAAAGAAUCACUUUCUUGGAGGAGGAAAAUAAGAAGAUGAUGAUGAGGGAGGGAAAAUUAUCCAGCUCAAUGAGGAGAAAAGAAGAGCUGAGGACGAGACUGAACUCUUCAAGUCUAAGUUUAGGGAAUUGGAGACUCAAGCAGACUUUUGGAAGAACAAUGGAAUUGAAUUGGGGAAAGAAUCGGAAGUUUAUCGAACUAAGUGUAACAAUUUGUCUUUGCAGCUUAAGGAUAAAGAAAUGAAGUGUGUUGAAUUUGAAGAUAAAUUGAGGAAUCUAAUGUCAAUGAAACUCGCUUUUGAAAAAGAAAUUGAAGGAUAUAGGGCGGGAUUCAGUGGACUGGAAGAGCAUAUUAUGGGUCUAUGUAAAGAACUUAAUGUUAGUCGCGAAAGAGAGAAGAAGUCACAGGAAAGAAUCACUUACCUGGAAGAGGUAGUCAAAAAGAUUGGAAAUGGAAGAGAGUCGGAGACGCAGGUCUUGAGGCUGGAGGAAGGUAAUUCAGCUUUGAGAUUAUCACAUUCUCAUGGUAAUAGAGAAAGAGAAUCUGAACCAAAAGGUUCGCUGAAUAAGGGAAAGAACAAUAUAAACGAAAUACUUUGCAGUGAAAUGGAUAGCGCAGCCGAUGAUGCUCAUGUGCUUCCGUCCACCGUCGAAGAGAAGAUUCUUAGUAACACUGAAAAGAUUCUUACAUCCGCCUUUCCACCUAGUUGCAACCCUGCCUCACUUCAGGGGAACAGAAAUCAACAUGGUUCAGGCCAGUGUUAUAACGUCAAGGACGAUAAGAUGAAUACACCAUUAGCUUCGAGGGUGGCAUUAGUGACGAUAGUAGAAAAGCAACUAGGUCAUGAGAUAAAAGGGAUAUCUAGUGAAAAGCUACUUAUACUCGAGCAAGGUAGUGUAAGAACAUUGUCAACAGGUCUAAUUGAGAUUGAUGACAGUGACCAUGGAAAGGAGAUUUCUCCAAAUCAUACAUAUAACAUCACAAGCAAAGAAAUGGAUCAGUUUUCAACUGAUGUUACUUCACAAAAAAUUUUACUGACUCCUAAUAAGUGUUUAAAGCGGCCGCUGCCAGAUCAGUGUUGUGAGGAAUAUGAAAGCAUCUUUGGAGAGGAUAAGGCAUUAAUCCCAUUACCGGAAACUGCGAAAAAAUGUAGAAUUACGGAAGCAUUGAUCAGUAGAACCAAAAGUGAAGAUGAUGUUACAAUUCCAGUCAGUAGUACAAUGAAUUUGUGUGCCAGGGGUCAACAGAUGGAAAUUUCCAUAUCCUCUUCAAGAAGGAGAUCGGUUUCGCCGAGACAGUGUCUAGGAAAAAGUUAUUGUGCAGAAAGUACUACAAAGCAUUUGUACAAAGAAAAUGUUGUGGAUAAAGUUGGGUCAGACGACAGUGAGGGUAAAUCUUUGGGUGGACUAUGUGUAAAAAGCUCUGUUAGUUCAGGCAGUGGAGAUAAUUCUAGUGACUCAGAAGAUUCGGUAUGCAUCGACUUGUCUUAUAAACAGGUUCUAGAAAAACUUAAACAAAGCAGAUUGAGAGAAUCAAAAUGGCAGUUUGAGGCAGACAUGCUAUCUUCAUUUGAAGAGGAUCCGGAACUUUGUAUGAAGGCUGUUUGUACUCUCUAUCGACAGCAAAUGUCUUUCAAAGACUCAGAGACGAGAUCUUCGUGCUCCACUAACCGAGGCUUUAACAAGUAUGAUGCGCUCAGGGGAACUGCGUUAGCUGAAUUUUUGAUGGACGGAGGCCAAGAAGGUGACUUGAACAAAUCUGUAAAGGACUUGGAGAUGUUCGAUCAGAAAGCCGUUGGAGACUGCAGGAGAUUGGCUGCAAAUUACUCAAAGCAAUUAUUCAGUAUAUAUCAGAAGAAAGAAGAUCCAUUCUUUCUUCCAAUCUAGUUCAACAAAUCGUUAAGAGAUGAAACUGUAGGAUUUGUUCGCACAUAGUUUGUAGAUAUCAUGGUGUCACAGUUAGUUUUUACAUAUACGAACGAAACAAAGGAUUAUAUAGUUUCUGGACCCUUCCAGUGAAGAGUCUGUCCAUUCUAUUACAGAUUGUUGCCAUAUUGACAGCCCAAAGUUGGCCAUUCUUCUGACAAUACUAAU